UCACAGAACACCAACGUCGUGCGGAUAGGUCGGCGUCCGCUUUUUCCUCCUCCUCCGUUCCAGGCCGUGGUUCGAAACAGGCAACGUCGUGCACACAGAGCACACACGGACGAGGAUGUACCCUGUCGGUCAGCCCCCUGGGCCCCCUGGUGGCGGUGGAGGAGGAGGCCCAGGAGGAGCACCACGUGCCCCGCCCCCUGUCACCCCAGUUGGUGCGGUGACUACCCUUGGGGGUGGCCCUGUGCCCUUGGGUCCGCCAGCCCCGGCUCCGGCCCCUGCUGCAGCAGCCACGUCGGGGGCCCUUGGUCCUGCCGAGAUGGUGGUUGCGGCGGCACUGCCCCAGUUUUCCUGUCCACGUCGUCCCAAUGUGGGCACUGAGGGAAGGCCAAUCUUGUUGCGAGCCAACCACUUUCAGAUUUCCAUGCCUCGUGGGUUCCUGCACCACUAUGACGUCACCAUUACGCCCGACAAGUGUCCGCGCAAAGUCAAUCGGGAGAUAAUAGAGACCAUGGUCCAGUCGUAUUCCAAAAUAUUUGGGAACCAGAAGCCAGUGUUUGAUGGCCGCAAGAAUAUGUAUACUCGAGAUGACCUGCCCCUGGGCAAGGAGAAAGCUGAGCUGGAAGUGACCCUUCCGGGCGAGGGCAAGGACCGUGUGUUCCGGGUUGCCAUCAAAUGGGUUGCCCAGGUCAGUCUGUACGCACUUGAAGAAGUGCUCGAAGGACGCUCUCGCCACAUCCCCAUGGAUGCUGUCCAGGCACUCGAUGUGGUCAUGAGGCACCUGCCCUCCAUGACGUACACGCCAGUGGGUCGAUCGUUCUUCUCCUCCCCGGAUGGCUACUUCCACCCACUUGGUGGAGGACGAGAAGUGUGGUUUGGUUUUCAUCAGAGUGUGCGGCCGAGCCAAUGGAAGAUGAUGCUCAACAUUGAUGUGUCGGCAACGGCCUUCUACAAAGCUCAGCCGGUCAUCGAGUUCAUGUGUGAGGUGCUGGAGCUGCGUGACGUCAAUGAGCAGCGCAAGCCUCUCACGGAUUCCCAGCGCGUUAAGUUCACAAAGGAGAUCAAGGGCCUCAAGAUUGAGAUCACCCACUGCGGCAGCAUGCGCCGCAAGUACCGCGUCUGCAACGUCACCCGCAGGCCUGCCCAGCUCCAGUCGUUUCCAUUGCAGUUGGAAAAUGGCCAGACAGUCGAAUGCACAGUGGCCAAGUAUUUCAUGGACAAGUACAAGAUGAAACUCAGGUACCCGCACCUUCCCUGCCUCCAAGUGGGCCAGGAGCACAAACAUACCUAUCUUCCCCUUGAGGUCUGCAACAUCGUGGCUGGUCAGAGGUGCAUCAAGAAGCUCACUGACAUGCAGACAUCCACCAUGAUUAAGGCAACUGCACGGUCUGCUCCAGACCGGGAGCGCGAAAUCAACAACCUGGUGCGCAAAGCGGACUUCAACACGGACCCGUACGUGCAGGAGUUUGGUCUGUCCAUCAGCAACACUAUGAUGGAGGUGAGGGGCCGCAUCCUGCCUCCGCCAAAGCUGCAGUAUGGCGGCCGGACCAAGCAGCAGGCGAUCCCCAACCAGGGGGUGUGGGACAUGCGGGGCAAGCAGUUCCACACGGGUGUCGAGAUCCGCAUCUGGGCCAUCGCCUGCUUUGCACCACAGCGCACCUGCCGCGAGGACGCCCUGCGCAACUUCACUCAGCAGCUGCAAAAGAUUAGCAACGACGCAGGCAUGCCCAUAAUUGGCCAACCCUGCUUCUGCAAGUAUGCCACAGGACCCGACCAGGUGGAGCCCAUGUUUCGAUACCUCAAGUCCACCUUCCAGGGGCUGCAGCUCGUCGUCGUCGUGCUUCCCGGCAAGACGCCCGUCUACGCCGAAGUCAAACGAGUUGGGGACACUGUGCUGGGCAUGGCCACACAGUGCGUCCAAGCCAAGAAUGUCAACAAGACGUCCCCGCAGACUUUGUCCAACCUGUGCCUCAAGAUUAAUGUCAAGCUGGGUGGCAUCAACUCCAUCUUAGUGCCCAGCAUCCGACCCAAGGUGUUCAACGAGCCAGUCAUUUUCCUCGGUGCCGACGUCACUCACCCGCCAGCAGGCGACAACAAGAAGCCCUCCAUUGCUGCGGUGGUGGGCAGCAUGGACGCUCACCCGAGCCGGUAUGCGGCCACAGUGCGAGUGCAGCAGCACCGCCAAGAGAUCAUCCAGGACCUUGCGUCCAUGGUCAAGGAGCUGCUCAUCCAGUUUUACAAGUCGACGCGCUUCAAGCCCACUCGCAUCAUCUUCUACCGAGAUGGAGUCUCCGAGGGCCAGUUCGCGCAGGUGCUGCACCACGAGCUGCUGGCGGUUCGGGAGGCGUGCCUCAAGCUCGAGACCGACUACAAGCCGGGAAUCACAUUUGUUGUUGUUCAGAAGCGGCACCACACACGCCUCUUCUGCUCUGACAAGAAGGAGCAAAUUGGCAAGAGUGGCAACAUUCCCGCUGGCACCACGGUUGACCUGGGCAUCACCCACCCAACAGAGUUCGACUUCUACCUCUGCUCUCAUGCGGGCAUCCAGGGUACAAGCCGGCCAUCGCACUACCAUGUGCUCUGGGACGACAACCAGUUCUCGGCGGAUGAGCUGCAGUGCUUGACCUACCAGCUGUGCCACACGUAUGUGCGUUGCACACGCUCUGUGUCAAUUCCCGCUCCAGCCUACUACGCACAUCUAGUGGCCUUCCGGGCCCGAUACCACCUUGUCGAGAAAGAGCACGACAGUGGUGAAGGCAGCCACCAAUCGAGCAACGGGGACGACCGGACGGUGGUAGCUCUUGCCCGUGCAGUCACCAUCCACCCGGAGACCCUCAAGGUCAUGUACUUCGCCUAAGCUGGCCCCUUCCUUGUGGGCGGUUGACUUGCCCCGGCCGCCCAGUGCUCGGGCCGGCGCGACUCCCACUGCGUCCCGGCUCGGGGAAGGGGCACCACCGGCUGACUACGCUCAGCUACUGCAGGUGCAGCCAUGGACCACCACUUGUGGUUGCCUGCUGAGAUGAACCUUUCUUGUUUUAAGUCUUUCGAGUGGCUACAAGCAUUUUUGGGGCCUUUGGAGCAACGCAGAAAGGGUCCCUUCAUUGUUGCUGCGAAACACCCUUUGUAUCCACUCUUCGCUUAUGCACAUUGUGAUCAUUCCAUUUUCUCUCACAAUCAGCAUAGAUCAUCUGUCAAGCGCCAGUCUAACUUAUCAGCCUCUUUGUCUCACCAUUUAACGUCUUCAAAGCUGUCAGUCCUCUGUAUCUGUGGCAAUGUUGGUGGAGCUCUGUCAGUGCAGCCUCCGCUGGCAGUGAAACGAGGUACUUGUCGUGGCCACAUCUUCGUAUGUAUCCCGAUGCCCUAAAGCACCCAAAAAGUUCAGCGGUGGUCGCUUAUGUUGUUCUGCUCUCAGCCUGCCAUUUUUUUUUGUCUUUUAUAUGUCUUAUUCUUCAGUGACCAGGGCAAGUAUUUGAAGAUGGUCACACUGUCCACCCAAAAUGUGUUCCAAAGGGGUACAUUAACAUAGGGGGCAUCCCCUAGUUGCUUAGGCACGCUGACUGUGGUUUAUUUAAGGUAACGAGAACUGCUGUAGCUGCACCCACAUUUAGCUGAGAAGACUCGUUUGCAGUUACCGUCGGGCCAUGGUGAUUGGGGGCUCAGAAACUUGUUGCAUUGCCUGUUGUUAGCGCAAGCCGCAGGUAUCGCUCUCCCAGCCAGUCUAUGCUUCUUGGGCUGCUUUCCGCUGCUUACCGAGCUGCUUUGCACACAGUGCACGCACCGCUAAGGCACGAGAGAAGACAGGAAAAACUCGACAGUUCUUGAAGAGCUGUCUGUGAUUUCUAAGCAAUAUUGCAACGAAAGGUGUGGUCUUUGUACACUCGAACCUCAUUACGAGGAAGAUCACAAUUGCAAAUUAGUUUUUUUUAAUGCCUUAGUCAACUCAUACAAGUCCUCCGCAAUCUGGCUCAUGUGAAAAUCACCCCUGCCUCCCCAAACAAACGGACAAAAAAAAAUAUUAUUGCAAGCUUAAAAAUCACUACAGAUAACUCACCUGCAAAAAAAAAAAAAAAGGAGUUGGUGCCAUUCUUUUAAAUGUAGUAAAUUAUCUUUCAAAAUUUAAUGUUACUUUUAUGCUACCUUUAAAAUUUUGAGCCUCACAAGAACAAAAUAUUUUGUUCAAUACAGCCGAUAUUGCAAUGGCUCUGGCAUAUUUGGUUUGAUUACGAAGAGAACAAAUGGCACGGAAGUUAACUGACCAAAGUUGGUAUUACUUUUGCGGUGAGUAAUAAUUUGAAGUGUCAGUGUUAGUCAUAAUAAAGCGUCUCGAUAUGAGCCUCCGUAGCCUUAGCUUCAAAGUCAGGAUAAUAAGUUCAGUUGGAAUCACCCGUGCCAUGUUAAGCCAUGCGUGGCUGGCAAAUGGCCAGAGCAACGCUAGCAAUGCUUUCAGCCAGUCUGGAGGCGUGUAAAAGAACUUGUUAGGCUAGUUUAUACAAAAUUUCAAAAAAUUAAAUCGAGCGUGAACACACGACACAAUCACACACACCUACUCAUCAAACACGCACGAGCGCUGUGCGUGUUUGGUGCGUGUUUGAUGCUGGGGUGUGUGGGUGUGAUAGUGAUUGUGUCGUGUGUUUGCGCUCGAUUUAUUGUUUUAGAGGCAAGUGCUCGCUCCUUCUUUGACAUUUUUCUGUCUGCAGCUUUUGAGUGGUCUAGUAAACAAUUUUUUUACUGCUACACCAAAUGCUUCAUGUUACAAUGUAUAGUAUCGAUUUGUUGCGAAAGGAUUGUGCUUUAUAAUGGCAUCAUUUGCAAGCAAACAUUUAACAGUUUUCGAAGAAAAAUACUUCAAAAAUUUGCAACAAAAACAAGAAACUUCCGUGAAAACAUCGAUGCUGCUUUGCAGCUACACAACCUAAGAAAAUUUCCAGAUAUAAAUUUUAAAGAAAGCUGUAUACAGCAUCACUGCAAAUAUGAAUGUUCUAUCCGUAAAACUUAAUUUGAUACAAAAAAAAAAUAAUGUUAGCCAGUGCACCAAGCAGUUGCAGGGUGUGGUGAAGUACAAGUUUGUGGAGCAUGUUUCACAGGAAACGUUCAUACUAUGUUCAAGUUUUCGUUUUUGGAAGCAUGAAGUUCCUGUAUCUUUGUAGCUUCUGGGGCUUGCGCUACACUUCCUCAGGGGCACUUGUAGCGGGAGCAACCGCAGGAUCCUUGGGGCCUGUAUGUUGUGGCUCAAGUCUUAGGAGCUGCUCCAUUAGUUCUUGCCUGAACGUGAACUGAUCAAAGCGCGCUUCUUGACAAUGUCGGCUCUUUGGAAUGCUGCAGACGAUGCUCAUCAUAAAGCUGUUUACAACAGCAAUAUCUGUACAGUGGAAAAACUGCAUUUUCCACCAGCACACACACUUCAUCAGAACUUUGUAGGUCCUAAUUAGCUUGUCUGAUUUGUCGAAGCCUGACAUGCCCACAUUUUACUUGUCAAUCAGCAUUGGCUUUUUCACAGGUACUUCUUGCCACUUAUUGUUCACUUUCCUUCUGCACUCACUAAUUCGUUGGCUGUGUGUACAUCAUGGGAACCAUUGUAAAUAUAGAACAUGCUGAUCCCGUAGCCACAGAACAUCUCCAGAUUUUUUUCCCCAUUGAGUGUCCUUCAGAUUGGUUAAAAAGCCGUGACGAUUCUUGCACGUUGUGCCACUAGCAAGCGUCUUGCACUCCAGCAAAUGCAAAAACAAGGAUGUCAGCGUGUAAAGGUUGUCCAAAUAAAUUAUGUAGCCUUGAUCCUGGUAGUUCAAUACGAGCCCAUGUGCGCUUGGUGCUUCCCCGUGUAUUAUGCACUGGAGUGAACUGCGUAACCCGAUUUGCAGUCCACCAAGACCCACCAUUCAUAUCCCCAAUUGAUAACUUCGGCCCGCAUGCACUGCCCAAUUCCAGAUCUACCUUUGGAUUCUCUCGUCAAUGGCUCUGAUCAGGUUGGAAAUAUUGAGCGGGUGAGGGGUAGUGCUUCAGCAGUUAAGCUGUGCAAUGCUAUAGGACACAACAGUUGUCUUUUCGGGUCAGACACUCUGAGGAAUGCAAGUAGUGCUUUGAAUUGAUUUCUUGGCAUUACCGAAUAAGACCAAGAAAUAAUUUCCACAUGUUCCAAUAGCAGUGCAAGCGCGGCCCUCGCAUGAUACCCAUGUAAAUGAAAAGACUGAUAAACUUCUUCUCAUUGGGAGUCGCUUCCUUUCGUGAGCCGUCUCUCUCACUGUAUGACUGCUUCUCCAAAUUGUGCAUGCAUGCAUAUUUAUUAGUCACGUUGCGUUUCUCUGCGAUUACUUCUCUUGUGAAGAACAGUGCGAAGAAGACCCACGGCUCUUACGAAGCGCUGCGCAGCACCUGAGGAGGUCAACACCCGCCCAUCAUCAUGCGCAAAACUCCAAUUUUUUUGCCACCACCGACAAGGGAUCCUGCCCAAUGAUCUUGAUAUCCUGCAAAUAAGAACCGCGGCCUUUAGAACAAGCCGGAUGUGUUUACAUUUGACCGCCACCGAAAAAAAAAAAAAAAAAAAAAACCAGUUUGGAGUAGAAAACAGAACUUACUAGUAGAUACCUGUUGACAUUCCAGGCUAUUUGACGCACUUUCACUGUGUGUGCUAAGGUCUGAUGAAUCAGUCAUCUCCUUAGUCUCCGCUGCUACCAUCAUCACAAUAUUCAGAUGCAGACUCAGCAGAAUCCUUUGAAAUUCGCUGUUUUCAAGGGGUAGAUACACACAAUAUGGACACCUGCGAGCACUCGUCCAGCGUGAUCAAGAGGCACUCUCCCUCUGCGGCGAAAAAAAAAGAAAGUGAAACUAGCAAAAGAGUUCUCCUUUGAUGCACUGGAUAGCGCUAGCUGUUCGUGAGCAGUCCGAUAAAAUUUUAAUUGAAACUAUCUACAACACACUGUCGGAUGAGUAGAGGCACGAACUGGGAAGUGUUAAACGAGGGAGCGAAUGCGCGCCUGUAGACUGGACAUGCACUAGUACAUUGUAACCGUGCCGGCGCUGAUGGAAAGGCCUAUUCUUAGCCUAGGCCAGGGGCUCUCAAGCAUGUUGGUGCCAGGGAACUGUGCUAAGCUACAUCAAGUGCAAAGAACCUCCUCCUUCUCCCCAUGAUUUUUUUUUUUUUCACUUUUAUUUUCAAUGAAAUAAAAGUUGGGCCAUUGGCGCAUGGGGGGAAUAAUGGAGGUUCCCUAGAUUGAUCACACCUCAGUUGCCAUCUAAGUGAGAUGAGUGGGCGAGUGUGGAACCAGGAAAAAUUUGAAACUGGCUCGCGAAACCCUCAUCAGGGUUUCGCGAGCCUGGGGAACACUUAAGUUCCAUGGAACCCACUUCUCGAACCCCUGGCCUAGGCAAACCCCUUCCUCCCUCUUCCAGCUAGCCCGCACUGCGUGCUGCGGUCUUUUUCUGCUUUCUUUUUCCUCCCUCUGCCUUUUGUUUGUUCGCUCUGUGUCCCCUCAUUCUUCGUAAAGAGCUUGUCCCUCGCUCCCCACUGGCGCAUCUUAUUUUAGAAGUAUACUCACAACCAUGUUAUAACCAGCCUUUCAUCAUGGUAGACUGCACAACAAGCGGUAUGCAUAUGAAGUUUUAUGGGAGGGAGUAAAAAAAGACUGAAUUGUAACCAGUCCUGCACUAUGAGUGGUCUGCACUGUAUAAUAAGGAAGUGUCGGAAGGUAGGGAAAGAUUAGAGCGGCUGGUGCAGGGACAGGAGCUGUGGGGGAUGAAGCUUUCAAGUCAGCUAGUCUCCGUCUCGGCCACAUUGGCAAUUUAUCGCGACGUCAGCCAGUUGCACCGAGCAGAACAGGCUGGUGAAGCACAUUGGUGUGAAUGAUGCUUUCUCAUUUGGAGUGGUAAAUCAAACAUGGGCAGGACCACCAAGGCAGCAGCGUGCGGCAGCGAAGAGAACAAAGGCAGUGCUACGUUAUGUGCAAUGCUGCACCGUGCGACAGCGUUGCCAACCACUUUAUGGAAAUUACCCACGUUGUGGUCAAAAUUACCCUACACAACUUUUCUAAUUGCCCCACAUUUUAUUCUUAGCCCAAAACAGCACAAUGUAACAAUACUAAAAUUUAGAGUAGCUUACCUCGAAUGAAGGCCGAAUGAAACAGCAAAGACAGUGUUCACAAAGAGAAAACAUUUAUUGAACAUGAUGAAACAUGGCAAUCUGUUCAUGAUGCAAAUAACUUGAGAAACAUACAGCCACCAGCUCUGUUGUGUUUCUUUGUCGUAGCUUUUUUCAUGCUGCUUCUUGUUAUAUGCAUCAUAAAGAUGCCCUGCUCAUUCCGAGUCAUCGUGGCCGACUUUUGUCUUCAAACAGUGUACAAUCCUUAAUGCGAUCAAGCCCAUUGGAUAUGCCGCUUAUUUUAAAAGAGCGCACAGUCAAAGUUCGUUGGAUGUCCUCCCAUGCUGCAGGCGGUCUAGUGAUGCAUACUUUUUUCGUCCACUGCAAAGUACCACCCCGCUUAUACGUUAGACGAUUACUCCGCAGCUAGUGCAACUUUUCUUUUAUAAGCGGCACUAUAAUGACACCACCUGUUAGGCGCUAUUAAGCUACGCCACUCAUAGAGCGCAACUCCAAAUGACAAACGGCUCGCCUCAUCACUAUGCACAAGGAUCAAAAUGGCAACCUCCAGUGUGUAGAUUAGCCAGCUGUUGGCUACUAACGUCCAGAAUACUGUCUAGGUGGCGCUAAAUUGUGUCCCACAUUUUUUUUCUAUGAAAAAUGGCGCUUUUUUAAAAUCCUCAAACCUAAGCCAACUUUGGAGUUUUGAUACAAGGGGAUUUGAAAACUAUCUGUUUAGAAUUGAAUAAGUAUGGUACUUCACAUUACGACCUGCAGGCGUGUAAUGGCACUGAAUUCGGUUGCAACUUGGAUUUCGAAAUUAAUUUCAAAGAGGCUAACUAAUGUGAAAAACAGCAGAUAGAAAAAGCGUUCCUUCGUUUGUUGGGGAAUAGCUUUGACUCAUAGCUGGAAAACCAGCUAUAAGUCUCAUCAGCUAGUAUGCAGAUGACAGUGUAAGUGAAAUGCUAACGAAGUGCGUUUAGUGACACGUCAUACAGGUGGAAAAAAAUGUGCUUGAUAGGAAAGGAUGCAAGAAAAGCGGCUCUGUGUAAGUACCGCAUGCACGCUAGGGCACUAGCCUACACGAAGCCGGGGGUUUAAGAGCUAACAUAUAGUAGAAAAGAAAUCACUACCGGAGGAUUGUAGGUGAACAAGUUGGCAGAAAUAAAAACAAAAGAAAAUGCUUGGAAUGUAAGGGUAGUGUUGCCUGUUUGUUGAUAGCGAUCGUUCAUCCCUUGUUUCUUCCUGGAGGCUUAUCUGUAAAAGUAUUGCUGCUGUGACACAAGUCUGAAUCACUGAUUAAUCAGUCCCCGCAGUUACCAUAACAAAGGAAGACCUUGUGGGGCUCAAUUGAAAGGCUCAGCUGACUUUUAUGCAACAAAAUGUUCUCAUGGUUUUUGCUUGUGUUUGAAGGCAUUGUUUGGUUUGUUAAAGACAUUCAUAGCUUAGAGAAUGUUGGACAAUUUUACUAUGCAAACGCCGUUCGUCCACUUUCGUGCUACUGCCCCCCCCCCCCCCCUUCAGUUAUUAUUUCGUCACUGCGAUUUGGCUCUUGGAGAAAUGCGCAAAUUCAGUGACCUUGCU